UUUUGUACCAGGGAGACUUGGAAAUGUUCAAUCCCACUCGACCAGUCCUCCACCAAGGCUUCAUGAUACACCGCUCGUCUAGUGGCAGCAGCAUUGUCAAGGUGGACAUUGGUGCUCCUCGAGUAGCGAUGACCGCCUUUCUCCAGGGUUUCCAAUUGGAUAAUGGCGACGUUUACGUGCCUUUAUCCGGCUACUACCUCUUCCACAUGGACGUGACCUACUUCUUCCGGGGUCACAUCGACGGGUCACAGGUCAACGUGUACGUGACGUGCACCCGGUCCGACUCAAAGGAAGUUCUUGUAAAGAUAACUCAAUGGUGUCGGAUAGGGAGAUAUUGUUCUGUUACAUUCCAUGGCAUUUCGUUUCUGUCUCAGGGUCACAUUGUUUACUGCGAAGCCAGCCAUGCCAAUGACAUGAUCACAGCCAUUGAGAAUACUCACAUCAGUCUUGCAUUAUAUUGAAUAUGCUUGUUUUUGGCAUAGCGCUUUUACAUUUGUUUUCCUCAUUUAUCUGAGCCAGUUUAAGCUAUUAAAAAGGCAUUACUGAUUU